UUGUAGCACCAUCAUUCUUGCUGUCCCGGCUGUGUAAACCCACCUCACUGGAUGCAAGCGAAGAGACCAGUUCAGUCUACCACUGACUGCUUCACAUCUCCGUCUGCAAUAGGAUAAUAACGGACCCUUCACCACAUUUUUUGUGGUCCAUCAUCCAGGUUGCCUCCCUCCUUCACAUUCCUUCAUUCUGAGUCAGGUCUCCAGCAGCAGCAGCAUGGAGCCAAAGUCUACACCGAGCCGUUACAUCCCGUCUGAUUCAAAUGGAAAUGACUCCUGGGGUUAUGGGGGAACUAUACCUGAGCAUAUCACCAGUCAACGACAGCCUCAUCAGAAUGGAAGAAAGAAAAGUAAUAUCCGUCUCAAUGACCAAGUCAUACCUAAACCAACUGACAUAAAUAUAGCGGAGAAAAUGAUAAAGGUUCCCACUCUAAAAGAGCACCCGUAUUCAUCCCACAUCUCCCGAUUUGCAAUGUUCCCGUCAUUCCACUCUCCAGAUGACCCCGACACAGGAGUCAGAGCUGCUUCCCAACCUUUCCCCAACCACCUUGUGCCAAACAGUGCAUCAGACAGCGCUCUGCUCAGCAAGACCGUAGGUGGUCCGUUUAGACAUGAGAUCUUAGAAACAUCGAAGAAGAAGGCAGUUAGGUGGAGCGGAGAACACGGCUUCUUGGAUCUUCCAAAACCACUCAAGGGAGAGGGUCAAGUUUUCUACCCCACCCCUCCAAAGACAGUGCUGCCCAAUCCCAAACUUCGUGACUGGGAUUUGUCAUUAUCGGAGCGGACAAGCAACAUGCUGAAGAACUUGGAGAGAUCACUUUGGGUCACCUCGUACCAAAUGCACUAUACAGGAUCUGGGCCAGCAAAUCCCUUGAAGAUAGAUGAUUUCAAGGAAAAAAUUAUUAGCCUCACUGGGAUUAAUCCAAGCAAUGCACCACUGCGAGAAAGGUCCUGCCCUGUGUUUGUUCCCGCUAAACCGAAACAAGGAUCGAGAAGACGACAAGAGAGCCGCGUGGGGAGGAAUACUUGCGGUCCCACUGCUGCUGUAACCCUCAGUACAUCUCCAGGUCUGAACCAAUUUACUCUUCAAACUACUGUAAAACAACCACAAGAGAUCACAGCUCUUUAUAAUGAGGCACCAGACCCAAACCGAAUUGGCCACAGUCAAUCAGAUUACAGCUCCAGCUCCACAGAAGCACAGCACACAGAGCUGUUCCAGGAGAUCUCCCACAAACAGCAGACCCAGAGGAAAAGCUCUGUGCAUGAGGGCAGGAGCGGAGAAAACAGCCGGUUUUAUGAAAGACUCAUGCGAGAGUCAGAGUCACAGAGCAGCCAAGAGGCUAACGCUGCGCAGAACUCAAACGCAGAGCGACCCCUGGACAUGUACAGCCGCCCACAUUCCCAGGAAGAGGUAGAAGUCAACAGAGAGGAAAGCCCGAUUGAGCUGUGUGUAAAUGAUGCACCGGGUUGCAAUGGAAGGUUUAACGUUAGAAAACAUGAACCUAGCUAUAGCAAAUGGGAAACUGGUUUAUUGUCAAAGGAAUUGUUAGCACAGGAAGACAGAGAGCGCCUACACAGUACUUCUAAUCCUUGCAUCCUGCCCAGGCCUCCUGUCCUGCCGGCCAUUCCACCAGUGGACAGAGCUGAGGUCAGCCUCACGAACCUUCAAGAUUCAUUCAGUAAGACAGAGGCCCAUCGCAACUUCAACAACUCAGUCACACGUGCUGCUGCGAACCUGAGGGACAACGUGGUCAGUGGGAAAAAACACAACUUCUGUGGCAUCAACAGCUGCUACAUCCACGGGUAACCUCAUCAAUGUGAAUACUGGAAUAUUUUAUUGGUUUGGAUUGUCCACUUAAAUUGAAACUAAAAAGUUAGCUAGUUUUAACCAAUCUGUUUGUUCUUUAACAUUACCAAAACAUGGCUCAUGGUUAACAUUAAUAUAUGUGUCUAUAUGCUUGUCUCUACAGCGGAAAAUAUUUUAAGGCAAACAACAUAAUAGCAAUUUUUUGUUUGUUUGUUUGUUUGUUUGUUUUCCCCCCUUUUGCAUCCAAUUGCAUUCAAACAUUGUAGGCAAAUAACUUUGGGUGUUUUUGUGUUUCCACAACAUAUGCAAGAAAUCCUGAACCUGAAAUUACUUACA